CCGUCUUAAAGGGGACGCGGGCGGCAGAAAGGUGAGCUGGGCUCCUGUGCGGGCGCGGCCGGAGUCUGUGGAGCUGCAAAUUCACCGGUCGAGGAAGACUUCUUUCCCGCGUCCCAGCACCUCAGGCCACGCUCCUUCGUGAGAGCGCCCUCUCCAAGGAUGCUGACCCUGGAUAUUUCACCCAAAGCAAGCAGGCCCCACCUCACUUCCGGGUGUGACUUCACAGACCGUCAGAUUCCGUGGUACCCUGGAGUCCACAGCCGCUGAGUCUGAAGGGUCUUCAGAAGACUGGCUUCUCCCUGAUGGUUCAUGGACUAAGGCAUAGAUGAGCAGAGCCGUGGCCCUCUUCUUUGUGCUCUGCUGGAUCCAAGAGUCCAGGUCUCCCUAUGUUCCCCAGGCUGGUCUCAAACUCCUGACCUCAAGUGAUCCUCCCACCUCGGCCUCCCACAGCACUGGGAUUACAGAUGUGAGCCACCGCACCUGGCCUGAAUUUUCCUCAAGUUCAAAAAAUCCUGAUGAAGGUUUGGCCAAAAUAUUUGGUGAGUUACCCCUCUUCCUGCGGAACCUCAGGCUGGAUUUGAAGAGUUGCGUGCAUGGCCCUCAUGGUCUCCCAGAUGAAAUUCUGAUGCAAGUGUUUUCCAAGGUUCCGUAUGACCCAUCAUUUGAUGAAACAAGAACAGCAGUCACAUCCAUUACAAAGAGAAACACACAAAAAAGCUAUUCCCAACAAAAGAGCUUGAACGAUGCUGUAUUUGCAUCAGGUUCAAAGGAACGAGAGGAACAUUUGGCUAAAAUAUUUGAUGAAAUUCUACUGCAGGUGUUUCCCAAGAUUCCGUAUGACCCGUCGUUUAGCGAAACAACAGCAUUCAGAUCCAUUACAAAGACAGACAUGAGAAAAGCAACCAGUGUUGCUUGGAAUUCUCCUGAACCAGAAUAUUUCCUUGGCAGUGUGGACAGAAUUCCCAAUAAAGAUCACCUUUCAGAGGAGAAGAGGUUUAAAGAAUCCUCUCUGUUCGACAAGGAUUUAAGAGAGCAGUUAACUACUGUAGAUAAAGAAACACUUCAAGGAGCAGCUAAACCAGAUGCUCACUUUAGGACUAUGCCCUGCAGGCAGCUUCUGCAUUUCCUGCAGAGGAACACCAUCACUGCCGCCAUCUCAGGGGUGGUCAUCCUCACGGCCACCGUGCUGUUGCUGCUUGGUUUGGCUUCAUACAUCAGGAAGAAACAGCCAUCAUCUCCUCCGGCAAACACGACAUAUAAUAUUUUUAUAAUGAAUGGAAAGACACGGUGGCAAAAUUCUGAAGAAAAAAAUUUCACAAAAUAUACAAAAAAACAGAAACAGUUGAAGAGCAGCUCCUGUGUCUAAGCCAGGUCGUGGGGCAGUCAAACCAGGACUUGAAACCACGAUGCAAGGUCAUUCUCCAUCCACACACCACAGGGAGGCAAUUCCAUUUCUGCCGGGGGAGGUGUAUUCUACAAAAACGUCUGCUUCCCGUCCCAAUUUGAAUGGACCAAGAAAAACUGCUUUGCCACAGGACACCUGUGGCAACAUGGCACCGAUGGCCGGCAUCGGCGAACCCAACAGACUAUGGACUUAUCAUUUAAUAAAGCAUUGAUUCAUUUAUUCGGUCA